UCGAGGAACGGAGAAAGAGGGAAGGCGGUGGAGGGUGGAGGGAGGGGGGUGUUGAGCAGUCCGGGCAGCGAUGGUGGGGCUGAAAAGGGGAGCGGCUGGAGGGCUGAGGGGGAGCCAGGAGGAGCAGCUGCCUGGAGUCCCCCUGGACCAGCCCUACGGAAGGAUUGAAGAUUGCUUGCCCCCUCUGGCCACCCCUUCCGCCAAGAGGUUUUCUCCAGCCAAACGGAAGCAAUAUUACAUCAACAAAGCCAUCCGCAACUCGGACCUCAUUCCCAAGGCUAAAGGGAAGAAGAGCCUCCAGCGCCUGGAGAACACACGAUACCUAAUGACCCUCCUUGAGCGGGAUGACUGCGCCAGUGAAGAUGGAGAUCUUGCCCAUCCUGCCCCACCCAGCAUUUUUACCCAGGCCUGCAGCAAUGAGACUUAUAUGAAGAUCUGGAAUGAUUUCAUGAACCGGUCCGGGGAGGAACAAGAGCGAGUCCUUCUGUAUUUAGAAGAGGAGGCUUCAAAAAAACCGAAAAACAAAUUGCCUGAUAAAGCUGUGGUCAACUGGAAAGAGCAUCUUCCGUUCACACCCAAAGACUGUUUUCAGCGCAUCAGCCGACGCUUACGAACCACCCUGAAACGAAGUCGGAUUCCCAUGGAAACCCUGGAAGGCUUGGAGGAAGAGUUACUGGCUUUUUUUUCAACUAACCCUCAAGCUGUCUACACAUCCAUGAUGGACAAUAGCUUUGAACGGCUGCUCCUUCAUGCCCUCUGCCAGUACAUGGACCUCGUCUCUGCCAGUUCAAACUACGAAGGAAAACGCCAAAUGAAGGUUAGCAACAAACGCACUGUCUUUUUGCCUCCUGAGCUGCUACUGUCCACCUACCUGGAGCAAAUGAGCUGAUACCCAGCAGAAAAGGAUGUCCCUGUCCCACUCCCGGGGCCUGCUUUGGAGAUGUCUGCUUCCAUUGCUUUGCAGUAUUCAACACCAAUCACGUUACAUGGGGCUAGGUUCUCCCACCUUCAGAUAUGCCAAUCUUGCAGACUGAUAUCCUGUUCUGGAAUUGGGACCUUGAUGUCAUCCACAGGUUGUGUAUGGUUGCCUAGCAACAGCCCAUCUUUCCUCUUUGCUGCUUCGACACCUGGAAGGCCGCAAAGGUCCUGGAUGGGAGUGGAGGCAGUUGUCUUAAACCCAGAUAGGGAAACUAAAGCCAGGCCUAUGGGAUCUGUGACAUCCAGGCAUUAUAAAACUACAAAUCCCAGCAUGCCUUGCUUUUGGCCAUCUAGGCUGGGCCUCCUGACUGAGCAACCAAGGGAGGCCAAAGCAGGGAGGAGCCCCCACCCCAUAACAAAUAGAUAGAAUUCUUUUUGGCCAAGUGUGAUUAGACACACAAGGAAUUUGUCUUUGGUGAAUCAUAGUUCAAAUACUUUGUUUUGCUUAGGUUAAACUUUUCUACCCAGGUACUAUCCAGAUAUGCUGCAGGCCAAUCCCAUCAUCCCCAACCAUCACCAGCAAUUAUCUUGUUAGUUGGGGUGAUGGAGGCUGUAGUCCCCCAUGAGUGUUUUGUGAAUAGAGAACCAGUGUGUAAAUUGAAAUAAUGAGUAAACAGUGUGACAUAUUGACCGUACCACACUGAGGUGGGUGGGUUAUUGUAAUCAAUUUCUCAUGUUGUCCAAAUAUUGCUUAAAAGCGCUCACUUUUUAAAGUUUAACUUUAUUGUCAUUGUAUGUAUAUACACAGUAUACCCACACAACGAAAUUCACUUAACACCCAAAGACCAGGCCCAACAGACAUAACAAUCCCCAAACACCCCACUCACCCACCACAAAUUUCCCGCCCCUGAACCACCCAAACAUCCACACAACAGAUCAAGUAAUGCUGUCCAACAGCUCACACUGAUGGUGGCCCUUUAGUUCAUUGUUGAGUGCAAUUAUAGCUCUGGGAUAAAAACUAUUCAGAAAA